AUGAAAAUCCUUUCAAUUUUUCUAUUUGUUUUUAGCAUUUACAUGCUUGGCCAUGUAUCCGGCGCCAAAAUCAGAAUCGUGAACGAACUCAGAUUCAAGAAACUCCUCUGGAUGAGGUGUUAUUCUAAAAAUGACGUAAUAGGUCCAAAUAUACUACCAAUCGGUCAAGAUUCUAUAACUUCUUUUACCCCUAACAUUUGGGGUAGGACUCGUUUCAUGUGUACUUUAAAACAAGGACCUAACUAUAGACAUUAUCAAAAUUUUACAGCAUUUAAGCAAUACAGUGGUCUUGAUGGUGGAGGCUUAUGGGAUUGGAGAGCCCGAGAAGAUGGAAUCUAUUUAAAGAAAGAAGGCAGCCAAAAGUCGACUGAUAUGCAUAAAGUAUAUGACUGGAUAAAUUAA